GCCGCCGACAGGAGGCGCUCGGGGGACCUGCCCGCCUCAGCUGGGAGCCUCACCGACGUGUCCAGCGCCAGGGGCCGGGAGCAGGAUGCGGGCAGGAAACCCAGAUUGACGAGAACUCAAAGUGCCUUUUCUCCGGCCGCUUUCAGCCCCCUCUUCACAGGUGAAACUGUGUCACUAGUGGAUGUGGACAUCUCUCAGCGAGGACUGACCUCUCCUCACCCUCCGACUCCUCCACCUCCGCCACGAAGAAGCCUCAGCCUGCUAGAUGAUAUCAGUGGGACGCUGCCUACAUCUGUCCUAGUGGGUCCGAUGGGGUCUUCCCUGCAGUCUUUCCCUCUGCCUCCGCCUCCUCCACCCCAUGCCCCAGAUGCGUUUCCGCGUAUUGUCCCACUCCGACCGACGGAGGCAGUGCCCAGCCAGCCCUCCCAGCAUCUUCAGUGCCCCCUCUACCGACCAGACUCAAGUAGCUUUGCAGCCAGCUUGCGAGAACUGGAAAAAUGUGGAUGGUACUGGGGACCGAUGAACUGGGAAGAUGCAGAGAUGAAACUGAAAGGGAAGCCAGAUGGGUCUUUCCUGGUACGAGACAGCUCUGACCCUCGUUACAUCUUGAGCCUAAGCUUUCGCUCGCAAGGUAUCACUCAUCACACUCGGAUGGAGCACUACAGAGGAACCUUCAGCCUGUGGUGUCACCCCAAGUUUGAGGACCGCUGUCAGUCUGUGGUGGAGUUCAUAAAGAGAGCAAUCAUGCAUUCAAAAAAUGGGAAGUUCCUUUACUUCUUGCGAUCCAGGGUUCCAGGUCUCCCUCCAACUCCAGUCCAGCUCCUGUAUCCUGUUUCCAGGUUCAGCAACGUCAAAUCCCUCCAGCACCUUUGCCGCUUCCGCAUCCGGCAGCUCGUCCGCAUAGAUCACAUUCCAGAGCUCCCACUGCCUAAGCCUUUGAUCUCCUACAUCCGGAAGUUCUAUUACUACGACCCACAGGAAGAGGUGUACCUUUCACUGAAGGAAGCCCAGCUUAUCUCAAAACAGAAGCAGGAGACCGAAUCUUCAACGUAGCGAGGCUGCCUUGUUCUGUCCUGUUGCUGUCCCUGAUGUUAGGAAUUUGGCUGCCAACCUCCUGUAGCAUGGACCCCCAACAAGGCUACAGUGGCAAGGAGGCUCAGGAGGGAGGAGCCCGGCUCUGCAAGACCGACUUCUGCUCUUCUGGCUUUUUUGUACCUUGCCAAGAAGCACAGCGGCAUGGGGGUGCGGACCUCAGCUCCCAGCUCAGCAGAGGAGCCUUGGAGGGCACAGACAAACACAGCCUCUUCGCAGAACAAAGAAUGUCACGGCACUAUUGACUGGUUAUGUUUUGGAAAGUUUUAUUUUUGAUGUCUUCAUUUUUCCAGCAUGGGAAAUACUGUCUUAAGAGUGGCUGGAUUUCUGUCCCUUACCUUGAGCAAAAGGCAGGGGAAGAGAAGGGGGGCUGUCUAACAAGCUCACCUGAUCCAGCCAUGCUGGAGAAACUGCCCCUCAGGUCCUGCUGAUGUGGGUCCAGCCCAAGAGCUGCUCUGAAGCAGACUGAGCCAGAUUUGUGUGCAGCUAUGUAGAAUAAUGGGGUGGGGGGGAUGGGGAGGGAGGGAGGGAAGGCAUAGAGUUCUACAGUGUGCAGCUGCAUAGAUCCUGUGCUUUCUAGGGGAUGGAGAGAGCCAAGCAUAGCCUGAAGCAGUUGUGUUGCUACUGGAAUGCAGGGUGGUCCCAUGCUUUCCUAUUAUACCCUGGAAUAGAGCAGUGCAUGCUCCUGUAGAUCAGUCUGGAGCCUCCUGCUAAACAGAAUGGAUGUAAGUGUGGAACAAGGAGCCUGCUUCUGAAAAGGCCAUCCACCACUUGGCAAACACUGGCAGACUUCCCUGAAGAGUCUUCAGCAAAAACCUUUGAUAAUUCCUCCUGCAGUAACAUGGAAUCUAGCAAAGCUCUAACUACAACUGCCUGUGUUCCAGUCAUCUCUAAACCAAGGGCAUCCCUGCCUCGCCAAAGCAAUCUCUGCCUUCCAGAGCUGUGGGUCCUUUUGUUACAGCCUUUGUGCUGGCUAUUCCCAGAAGCUGUGAAUGAAGUGUUUUUUUUAAUGAAAGGAGCAGUGUGGAAUCCUGAUAACUAAUUGCUGAGGCAUAUGGGACAGCUUUUGAACUGAACAGGGAGGGACCAGUUUUGAUCCUCCCUUCUUUGUUGAAUGGGAAGAUUUAAGGAGAGAAGCCUAAUGUAGUACUUGGAGACAGCAUAUAAUUUUUCCCCCUCUUCCCCCCCGAUUGAUUCUUCUGUAUUUAUAGCCUUUCUGGGGCUGAACUAGGAUGUUCUGUGAUGCCUAUUCACAGAACAACUACUACUGAUUGGAUCAGGAAUGGGGGCGGGACAGGGGGAAAGGCAUGGUUGUUCU